AUGCUUGAUGACAGGCUCCUGAAGGUAGAAAGCCAGCCUCACACCUGUCAUGUCUUUGUGUGUUUUUGCAAUAAAAGCAAUGUGUAAACACGUUGUCUGUUUGUGUAUUUGUUGACCUCAGAGCCUCAGUGUUGAUGUCUCUGUGUAUCAAAGCAAAACAACAGAUUUAGAUGGUUCUGUAAACUGUCUUUAAACAAUCUGAGCAUAAUUUCUAGAUGAGAGACAUACGUGUCGUUUGCAGCAUCUCCCGUUGCAUUUUUCCAGCGCGAUCACAGCCUGAUAGGAUGUACCUGAUCACGUGACGGGAAGGCAGCAUUUUCAGCUGAAAACGAGCUAGGAUAGUCGGGAAUCGCACAUCCAGGUAAACAAUCAAAAAUACAUGAAAUAUUAAACGCAUAUCCCCAUUUCAAUCAUCCUCCUACGUGACAUCGUCGACCCUACGACCACCGGGUCGUUCUCGUUGUCAGACCAAACCUCAGCAGACCGAUCCAGCUGCCUUUUUUAUCGGCGAGCGCUAGCGCUAGUUAGCUCAAUGACCCCUCUCGGUCUUGGCUGGAGCUCAGCGGCCACAGCUAGCCAGCCUCAGCCGGGGAGGAGCUCAAAAUAACCGAGACUGCAGCCCGAGUGGAGCUGUGUCUCAGAUAGUCACUGCUGUAAAAGCUGAGCAUGCACGAAAAUACGAAUGAAGCAGAUUUUUCCCAUUCAUAGAAAACCUAUACUUCUCCUGUUUCCUCAGAGGAGGUCUGGAUGCAGAGACGCCGUCGCUAGCUAGCAGGAGGCUAACAGAGGUGGAUCCUUUUAGUGCUCAGCUAGCUUCUCUGAAACCAGGGAAGCUAGCCAACAUAGCUAAAGGAAUAAAUGUUUGUUUUAGAGUUAAAUAUAUUUUAAAUGUGUUUAUAGAGAGGUUUUUGAGUGGGGUAAGCUGAGCCGUUUUCCAUAUUUCUAAUCACUACAUCAAGGCAAUCCUAGUUUUGUCUCUAACUAGUGUAUCUGUAUAUAUUUUAAGAUGUGCAUCCCUGCAAACCAAGAAUGAGUGUAAACAUGACUGUCUUGAUAAUAUAGCAUGCCUAAAAAAAGUGGUCUCCUAUGGUCAAUUUACCUCAUGUUUAGGGCAAGUUGACCAUGUGUAUUUUUAUGUAUUAUAUACUAAUCAACUGGUACAAUAACUGUUUUUAUUAUUAUUGCAUAUACCUGCUAAAAAGCCAUUUUAACAUGAGAAUGUCUGAGUGAUUCAGAACAUUCACAGCUGUAUUUUUGAAAAGAAAAAGUAACCCAUUUCAACAAUCUGAACUGAAACUCUGAUCCUCUCACCAGACUCCUUUACUUUCUCAACUUACCCCUGAAAGACUAUUAUGACUAUAUUAGUCCUCUAAGCUAAAAUGGUGGACUUUUAUCCAAGGUUUUGACCUCAUGUUGUAGCUCAUAGAUACCACAAUUGAUGCAUAAAACAAAUUUAAAAUCAUAUUUUUUGGUCUGAACACAAUUUUAAUAAAACUUAAGACGGACUAAAUUCACAUUCAAGACUGAAAAAAUGUUAUUUUGGAAAUAAAUGUCUAACCUAGUGUUGUAGUCAAGACCGCACCAACCGAGACCAAGACAUUACAGAGACCAGAGAGGACCGAGAUCGAGACAAGACAGAGUAAAAAUGCCUUCAAUUCCGAGACGACACCAAGACCCUCAAAAAAUGGUCUCGAGACCAAGACCGACCUUAAAUACUACAACACUACUGUAUGGUAACCGUUAGCUGAAGUCGCACCAGCUGUUUCUGUGAGUUGUGCACUGCAGAACAUGUCCACUGCCAAGUGUUUUCGCUUGCAUGUCAUUUUACAAAUAUACUCCUUGUGGUUUAGGAAACCAAAUUUAAUUAUUGACAUCUUUCAUGAUGCCGAGCGUGAACACAGCCUCUCCUCCUGUGGUCUCCACCCUCUCUCUGUAUGGAGGGGGUGUGUCAGUCACUCAGACUGUGUGACACUGGGCAGGUAACUUAGCAGCUGCAACUGGGGGAGAAUCAUUACUACCAAUGAUGAACUCCGUGAAUUGAUGUCCAUCUCCUAAAUAUUUGGUCACAACAGGGGGUGGCUCAACUUACCCCACUCUCAGCGAUAGAUGCUGGACAACAACAUAGUCCCUGUCCCUUUCUCCUAUUUCAUCUGUGUCUACAUUUCUUUUCAGGAGUUUAUCCCGGUAUGGGGGACAUGAAGACCCCAGAUUUUGAUGACCUGUUGGCAGCGUUUGACAUUCCUGACAUAGAUGCCAAAGAGGCCAUCCAGUCCGCCCCAGAUGAGGCAGAGGGACCCCACGGAGCCACGGGGCCACCUCUGGGGAAGUCAGACAGCGUGGUGGGAUCAUCCUUGAGACCAUCAAGCCCCCCAGAUCCCCAGGCGGACACCUCCAUCGUCAGUGUGAUUGUGAAAAAUAAAGUACGCCUUGAGCCCGCGGAUGGAGAAGAAGGAGGAGACACUGACCAGGAUCCUAUCGAUGUGAUAGCGGGGGUUGAUGUGGGUCCCAGACUAGGUGCAUGUGCCCCGGGGAUGGCUGAAUCUGAGGCUCUCAACCACAAUGGUUUUGGGGCAUCUGGUGCCUCCACACCUCUUCCCCUCAGCCAGACCCAGUCUAACGGAGCGACCUGGUCGCUGAACACCCCCAAAGUGUCUUCAGAGGCAGCAGGUGCCGGCGCAGCAAAGUCACAUAAACAGGGUGGGAACAUUUUCAACAGACUGAAACCGCUUGUAGCACAGGGGUCUGGAGAUCCAGUGGGCAGGGCCAGGAAGAUGCAGCUCCUGCAGCAGCAACACCAACAGCAGCAGGAUACAGGUCAAGAGAGGGCAGAUGGGGUCAAAGCAUCAUUACCUUCAUCAUCCUCUUUAUCUGCGGGGUCACCUCCUUUGGCUGCAGGUGGACCUGUUGGAUUAGCCUCGCCUUUUUUUCCUCCUUCCAAGCCUCUGCUCCCCACUCCCCCUUCUGCACUCUCAUCUCACCCCCUGCACUCUUCUCAACCGUUCAACGGGGCCCCUAAAAGUGGCUCUGCUGGGUUUCAGCACCAGCAGAUGGAGGAGGACGAUUCAGACCCUGAUUUGGGGAGUCCUCUGGUGAUCCAAGAGAGUCCCGACUCCCCGACUUGCACUCAGCUGAACCGGCGCUACAAAUCUGACUCUGUCUCAGCCCAGCCCACUUCCUCGACUGCGUCCCACCCUAAACCCGGGGACACUCCUUCAGGGUCAUCUCAGACUUCAUCAACACCCCAGUCAGGCUCAACAGAGAGUCCUCAGCUGGAAGACCGGCAUCCAGAACACGUCAUAGAGGAGAGAGACUCACCAGAGAGUCCUGAACCGGAGAUGCCAAAAUCAACUGCUCAAGUUGCUGCUAAGAGGUGCUCCAGCCCGGCGGUGGCCUCCACCCCACCUCCUUCUGAACUGCGGGAGCCUAAAGAGGAAGAGGAAGAGAUGGAGGUCGGGAAUGGGAUCGAGAGGGUCGUUGACGGCAAAACUGACAAGGGAGAAAAUGCGAGAACAAGCGAGGAAAAGAUGGAGGUAGACGACGGAAAGCCAAAAGCUCCAACCACUGAUGGAGGGGAGGCAGGGGUUACUGCACCUGCUGCUACUGGAGCUCCAUCCAGACCCCUUAAGGUCAGAAUAAAAACAAUCAAAACCUCCACCGGUGGAAUCACCAGAACUGUCACAAGAGUAGCACCCAAAGGUGGUGCCGCAGGGAAAGGUUUGGACUCUAAAUCUCAAAGUGGGGAGCACAAAAUCAUGGGAAACAAGGGUCAGAAACUCGACUCUUCGCCUGGUCUGACAACAUCUUCCCAGAAAGUAAGUGCUCUCAACGCUCUGCCUGUGUCCACACUCGCAGCCAGCAGCGUCAUGCUCGCCGCCGCCACAAAGGUCCAAAACAAGAUGGCCGCGUCAGACAAGGCCAAGGUAUCUGCAACUGCUGUCAGCAUCACUAAAUCUGCGGCCCUGCCUGCAACUCCAGCCGUGGCCUCCUCUCCCAAGUUCUCCGUAGCUGCUGGUGGUAUCAGUGUUCGUACCGCCACUAAUAAGACGACUAAUGGGGGUAGCGGCACUAUCAUAGGCGGGACCCUUCAGCCAAACAAGCCCGCCUCCAUCGUCAAUAGUACGGGCGCUGUCAUCUCCCGCAGUCAGUCCAGCCUGGUGGAGGCAUUUAACAAAAUCCUGAACAGUAAAAACCUCCUGCCCAGCUACAAGCCUGACCUCUCAGCACCCCCUCCACCCGAAUGGGGUCUCCCACUCCCGGCCACAGGGUACCGCUGCCUGGAGUGCGGGGACGCUUUCGCUCUGGAGCGCAGCCUGGCCCGACACUACGACAGACGAUCGCUCCGCAUCGAGGUGACCUGCAACCACUGUGCUAAGAGGCUGGCCUUCUUCAACAAGUGCAGCCUCCUGCUACACGCCCGGGAGCACAAGGAGCGCGGGCUGGUCAUGCAGUGCUCACACCUGGUCAUGAGGCCUGUAACUGUGGAGCAGAUGAUCGGACAGCAGGACAUUACACCCAUUGGUGGUAAGUGGUAUACACUAAGUUUAGUAUUAAGAGUUUGUCUGUAAUUUUAGGACUGAAUAAUCACUCGUUUUAUUAAUAAAAAGAUGUUAAAUCAUGUAAAACUUCAGUCACAUUAUCCUGGGGCCCAGUGACGUAUACAUUCAUAGGAAUUGCUUAAUUUGUAUUAUCUGAAGACGAGAAUAUGAUAAAACUAUCUAGAUUUAAUAUCGAGAGAUAGAGAGGGGUUGAAGUUUUACUUUCAUCAAGAUAUGAUGUAUUAACUGUUUGGUUGCUGUCAGACCUUUGCUGAUGCACAGAUAUGAUCCUAUUGAAAUCAGAGGCCCACAAUCGAUAUAUUUCCAUUUCCAACAUCCACUGAGACCUGAACCCUGUCUGAGACACGCCUCUGAAAUCCUGAGGGUAAUUUUAAGAAGGGCCCCCAAAUCCUGAGGUUUUCUGAAGUGUUGAGGUUUACAAAAAAACUGAUAGCUCAGCGUCUGUAGCAGAAAGAAACAAAAUUCAAAAAGUAUUGGAGAGCUUACACAUAUAACUUUCAAGAUAACUGUCUUUUAUUUUUUCUGAACCUUCAUAAGAUUUUUGAAAACCUCGAACAAACAAACUCAAAUGAAGUACAGCGGCUGUAUACAUAAAAGUAAAGACUCUGCACUGGAGAAUAACAAACUGUUUGCUUUCUAUAAAACAAGUGGCAGUCAUGAUAAAGUGUCCAUUCAAUACAAAUGUAAAUAUAAAAAAAUUAAAGUGUUGAAAGGGUAUACAGCUGCCCUAGUAUAGUGCCAGUACAAAAACAGCACUAAAUUCUAAAGCCACGGUCCCGGCUUGGAAGGUUGAAAUGCGUACAUGCUGUCCCUGGUGUUCAUAAUGUUAAGGUGGGUUGGUGUACCUUGUUGAAAAUGGCCAUCACACAGGACCCCCAAAAAAGCUGCAGUUAAUCAAAGUGAUAAGUUGUAAACAGAUCGAACAGGUUUUUUGGGGGCGGCAGUAGCUCAGGAGGUAGAGCAGCGGUUUGAUUCCCCCCUAUCUCGAGUCUGUCCGUUGUGUCUUUGGGCAAGACACUUAACCCACCUUGCUCCCAGUGUGAGUCCUCCACUGGUGUAUGAUUGUGAGUGUUGUGUGGUGCUGGUCGGAGAGGCUGUAGGUGCAAACUGUCAGCCACGUUUCCGUCAGUCUGCUCCAGGGCAGCUGUGACUACGAAGGUAGUUUACCACCAUCAGGGUGUGACUGUGUGAGCGAAUGAAUGAUGUAUCCGAUGUAAAGAACUUUGAGGGUCUCUGAUAAAGCGCUAUAUGAAAUCUGAUGCAUUAUUAUAAUUACUUUGUAUAGAAUACAGAGAAAAGUCCCAGGUCUAACAAUUAAAUUCUGUUGAAAACCAUUUCAGAUAGUUUCCUCAUCAUUAUCUUUUUGUUUGAAUUGCUUUCUUCAUAAAAAUAAAGACUUGUUUUUGAAAGAGUCUUUUUAAAAAUUAGUGGGUUUUCUUACAACUCGGCUCAAGUUUAAUUUAUGCAGAUCUGGUGUUAGCUGUAAAUGAUACAGUCUUUGUUUUAAUCAGCAGAGAAAGCCAUAAAAGAAUCACACAUUUGUUUAGCUUUGAUAAUGUGUCAUCACUCAUUCGUGAAUCAUCUCCAUUGAUCGCGCCCCAUUUGUCUCUUCUGUUCCCACCUUUGGCUGACCAGGCCUGCUCUCAUCUUCGUCCUCCUCUCCUCCAGUCUCUUCUCCCUCCACCACAACCGGGAGCUCCGCAGCCUCCGCCAACUCCAGCUCCGCGAAAGAUGCUUCAUCCUCAGCCGCUUCGGCUCAGCCUCGACAGGUCCGCCGCGCACCUCAGGGCCCCCACGCUCUGAUGCCUCUGCCCUGCAAGAAGGCUGAGGGGCUGCAGUAUAACAACUUCAAAUGUCCAGAGUGCCAAACGCAGUUCAACAGCAAGGCUGAGCUGGUCACCCAUUUCCAGCAGAUCAGGGCCGCUCCCAACUCUGUGAGUCUAUUUAUCCUUGAUGCAUCUGAUAUCUAAGCUGGAGAUUACUGAUCACUUUCUGAUGGUCCUCACUUCUAUUUCAGACGUGUACGCAGUGCUCGCCUCCCAUGAUGCUACCUAACUCGUGUGCCGUAUCCGCGCAUCAGAGGAUCCAUAAACACAGGGCGCCUCACGUUUGUCCUGAGUGUGGCGGGACGGCUCGGCAGGCCAGCUUUCAGACCCACCUGGAGGAGGCCUGUCUGCACUUUGCAAGGCGCAUCGGAUACAGGUGUGGAGGCAGCUUCUUAUAUAGACAUUACAUGAACAAUUUCCACCGUAAUACCUCAAACUAAUUUAGUACAGCAACAAAAGAAAUUACUGUUUUUUCUGAAUACGUUGCAAAUGAAACCAAGAAAGUGCCGUGAAUAAUUACUAAAGUAAAAACAGGAAUAUUAAGAGGAUUAAAUCAAAGCUUACACACAUCCAGGGCUGGUUAAAACACAUCUUUUCUCCAUUGUAUUGUUCCCUUUUAGGUGCUCAAGCUGCCAGGUCGUGUUUGGAGGCCUGAACUCCAUCAAGUCCCACAUUCAGACCGCUCACUGCGAGGUCUUCCACAAGUGCCCCAGCUGCCCCAUGGCCUUCAAGUCUUCCCCCAGCGCCCAGAGCCACAUCAGCACCCAACACCCGACGCUCACUGGAGGACAGGCCAAGUAAUCAUCUUAAGAUUCUGCCCCAAGAUGUUCAUCAAAUGUGGUUGGAAAAAGACCCUUUAACUUCAAAUUUUCUUGUGUGUGUGUGUCUUUUUCAGAAUGAUCUACAAGUGUGUGAUGUGUGACACCGUUUUUACCCAAAAGCCCUUGCUGUACAUGCACUUUGACACUCAUCUAGCCAAGCAGAAAGUGCAUGUGUUCAAGUGUCCUGACUGCACCAAGCUCUAUGCUCAGAAAGGAUCCAUGAUGGAGCACAUUAAGGUCUGUUUGAUGAAGAUUAUACUUCAUGAUUAACCGGCACGUUGCCUUUAUGUGUUGCCCGUUCAUUGCUUUCAUGGUGAAUGUGGUGUCAACAAAGGCAUACAGGAAAGUCUUGUAUCGGCCUUAGCAAGGUUUCUCACUCGUGACCUUGUCCUAAGUUCUGUACCAAGUACAAAUGUCGCUCGGGUGAAGGGAACUCUGAUUUGUCAUGUUUUGUUAUUCCAGUGAUGCCUUUCUGUUUUCACUCAUACUCGGUUGUCGCCCCUCUCAGACCGCUCACAGAGGACAGUCAACCAAACAGACCGACUCGCAGUCCGAUUCCUCUAGUUCCACCUCGGCCCCCGCCAACACGUCCGGCCUCUCGGGCCUCAAAUCCAAAUCCUCCGGAAAACCCGACAACUCUGACGGAGAGGACUGGGGCCGCGAACAAGAGGAGGAAGAGGAGGAGGAGGAAGAAGACGAGGAUGACGACGCAGAUCAGGACUACGAAGCCCCGGGGAGCAGCGGUCAACCCUCUGCCCCAACUGAGUGGACCUGUCCGCAGUGUCAGACCACCUUUACCGACAACGAUGACUACCUGAGUCACGUGAAGAUGGAGCACGGCAAGGUGAGAAGAACUGACACCAGAAAGGCACGAAAUGUCUCAGCUGCAAAUGAAGCGGUUUGAUAAUCCACUUGUGUUUUAUGAGGUAUAAGGGAAAAAGAAGCAUCCAUGUUUGAAGGGAGGCUGUUUUUAAUUUCCUGUCUGUUCCGCCGCACAGCUGAUUGAGACUCAUAUUUCCAUAUAUUUUUUAUCUUAUCUUUGUCCGUCUCUGUGUCUCAUGUUUGCCUCGGCGUGUGUUUGUUCACCAACUCCAAAGUUCCCCUGUCGUAUUUGUGGAGGCACGUUCAGCACAUCCUCCAGCCUGAGACGUCACGAGCGAGUCAUCCAUGAGGGCAACAAAAGAGUCUUCCAUUGCCAGUAAGUCAACGAAGACUUCAUCAAAACAGCCUUUUUAGUUCAUGAAAUGUUUCUCUAUAUAGAUCAAAUUUACUGAUGUACAAGGUUAACUUUUUAUUCAAAUAGCUCCUAUGAAGGGAGUGUUUCAACUCUUUGUUAACUGUCUACUGAGGUAUCUAUAAAUUUCCCAAAUAUUGAUAUGAGCGUAGGUCAGGCUUUUCAUGAGGCUUGGAUUUGGUAUCAUUUGCCAUAGUUGCUGCUCUGAUGCUGACAAAGUGAUCUGAGUGUGUUUUCAUCUUGACAGAUAUUGCACAGAAGGCAAGCGCACCUUUGGCAGUCGGUUCUUGUUGGACAAACACGUCCGGCUCCAUCACAGAACCACAGACGGACAGGUGAGCGAAGGCACCUUUCUGUUCUUGCACACAGACUCAAUAAACUCAUGUAUCACCCUCCCCAUGACACACCCCCUCUGGCAGAGCAAGAAUCCGGCCGGCAGAAGAUCCUACGCUAGCUUCAAAUAAAUUCACAAUGUCGGAUUGCUAGUGACUAGCAGCAGUAAACGCCAGCUCUGCUAGUGAGAACCAUCUGCAGCUGCCUGGAGAGCUACUGUGUUGGCAUUGCAGAGACUAAUAAGAGUUAUUUAUGUAACGUGCCAUGAUAAAAGGCAAAAAUGACCUGUUCAACAAAAACUCUGCUGUCUUGGCUUCUGUUUUCAGCACUUUUGUCGAUGGGGCUAACAGAAGUGGGGUUUUUUGCGUCCUUCUCCAUCAAGGCUCCUGUAGCUAAGCUGCUACGCUACUUUUAGCCACUCAGAGCUCUGAGGAGGGCAGGGAGAGUGGGAGGGGACGAGUCAGAACUACGGGAGAGGGGUGUGUCGAAUACAGCGAGGUGAUUGGAUGGGGAGGCAUAGCAGGAGAUUGACCAAUAGGAGCUGUCCGGGACGGAUGGCUCCCACUGGUCAAUGUUUUUGCAGCCCUGCACCUGCUAGGGUGAACAGAUUUUUCCAUUCUUUAUUAUCUUCACUUUGUGGAGCUCGUGCUGUAGGACAAUGAUCGCCAUAGAAACGAGAUUCAUGAUAAUUACCAAUUUCUCCAAUCAUCAACCAUGCCUUUAAAUGCAGUGUUUCUGUGCAGGUGUUUAUGUUAGAAUUUCAACGUAGAAUUGGUACAAAUUGUUCUUCAAAACCUUUUUCCUCGCCUUGAGCAUCUGUACUCCAAAAAUUUAAUCUUGUGUCCACAGGGUCCCCCUAUGACCAGAAAGCGUGCAGCCACAGGUGGAGAGGGACAGGGCAGCUCUUCAGAACAGGACGGGGAGGUUGGACCUCCUGGAGGCCGAGGAGGAGACGAGGAAGAGCACGCCGCAGAGGAUGGUGAGGAGGGUGCAGGUCCCGCUAAGAGAACCAGGGCGUCUACCUCCUCCACAACGCUGGCACCAAAUGAGCUAGAGGAGGAGGACAACAUUUUCCGUUGCGUCCCCUGUGGGUUCUCCACCGAGGACGGGGCGGAGUUUCAGCGUCACAUCCCUCAGCAUCGAGCCGACACCGCCUCCUUCCAGUGCCUGCAGUGCGGUGUCUGCUUCGCCUCCGCUGGCUCUCUGGGCAGGCACCGCUUUAUCACUCACCGCGUCCGGGACACCCAGAGCGAGGCGGACCGCGGCACCCCUCGCGCCCACGGCUCCCCCGACGGCUCACCCGCCGCCUCCCCUCAGGCGCAGGGUGAGGACGGAGACCUGAACUGCAGGGUGUGCGGACGGCGUUUUGACAAGGCCUCGGACCUCAACACCCACUUCAGGACCCACGGCAUGGCCUUCCUCACUGCACACAAGACGGACAAGCCUCAGUAG